AUACCAUCAGUAAUGUCUGUUUAUGCGGUGUUCGCGGUCAACCGCCUUUAGCGCGAAACUUAAAAUGUUCUGCCGGCAUAACACUGCUAAAAUUCGCGUGAAAUUGCAUUAAUUUAACUUUAUUCUCAUUGCUGCAAUAUUUAGUUCAUAUAUAUAUAAGUUAAUUAUUGGGUUAUGUAAACUAUUUAAUCAAGAAUUAUUAUACAAGUCUCUACCUAUUAUAACGAUGUUACUCCAAAGAUCCAUUCUAAUAACUCUUUGUUCGUUAUUUACCCUAAAUAAUGGACAAUUGCUAUUUCCACACCCCCGUUUUGGGCAAUUCCCCUUAAAAGCUGCGCAAAGAUUGACGGAAAGAUUAAGACAAAAACUAAACCAGUAUAGAGAGAGAACCACUCAAAUGAUAUGCUACGAUGCAGUAGGCUGCUUUAGCCUUCCUCAUAAAAAUUCACCGUUACAAAGAAUUCCAGAGGAUCCAAGGACGCUAGGAACCAAAUUCUAUCUUUUUACAAGAAAAAACACAACCCAUCCUGAGGUUUUAUACUAUGACGAUGACGGAACAUCUCUUAAAUCUUCAAAUUUUAACGUAUUUGAUCCUUUAAAGGUCUUAAUUCAUGGAUAUACCAGCAAAUGGAAUGAAAAAGGCGCUCUUAUGUUAAAAGAUGCCUAUUUGAAGAUGUACCAAUGUAAUGUGGUUUUAAUGGAUUGGAAAAUGGGAGCUCGAGGACCCUACUAUGCUUCAGCGGCAGCCAACACCGAAUUGGUAGGUAGAGAACUCGGAAUGCUUUUAGUUAAUAUGGUCGAAAAUGGUCUUUAUUCCACAAAUAUUCAUUUGAUUGGAUUCUCAUUGGGAGCUCAUGUGGCUGGUACAGCUUCAGAACCAUUAAAACAAAAAGGACAUAUGAUUGGGCGUAUAACUGGUUUAGAUGCAGCUAGUCCACUAUUUAGACGAGAAUACUUUAAGGAAAAAUAUAAAAAGCUUGAUAGGGGUGAUGCUACUUUUGUCGACGUUUUACAUACGGAUUCUAGCCCAUUUAUAACCGACGGAUUUGGUUUAUGGGAACCAAUAGGGCAUGUCGAUUUUUUUCCCAAUGGUGGACAAGAACAACCAGGCUGUAGCGAUCCCAGGAGUUCUAUAGUAGUCACUCAUCUAGAGGGUCGAGGAUUAUCAAGAGAUUCCGUGUGUAGCCACGUGCGAGCAUUUCAUCUGUUUUUAGAGUCUCUAACGAACAAAAUGGCAAAGAAAGAAAACGGAGAUUCAAAUAGUUGUCAAUUUAUGGCUUAUAGCUGCCCUGGAGGAAUGCCUUCCUUCGAGAAGGGACAUUGCUUCCCCUUGGUACAAAACAAUAGUACCGAUUUAUAUAAAGUUCAUGAAAUCGGACAAUUCGGAGAAGAUGUAAAGGGAAAGGGAGUCAUGUAUUUUUCUACAAAGGAUUCUAGUCCUUAUUGUGGUACUCAACUCCAAGCAUCCGUAUAUAUUUCUCAGAAAACAGCUGCAGCAGAAGGAGUUCUGCAAUUGGUAGUUUCAUAUAUGAAUAAAAGUGUGAUUUUUCACAUAGAUACAGAUGGUAAAGAUCUUAUUAUGACGGGCUCUCGCAUGAGCGGUCUUUCAGUAGCAGACUUUAACAGUCUCGAUCCAAAAAGUACCAAGUCCGUAACAACUUAUUUAUAUUUUUUUAAUACGGAUGAAGACAUGGGAUCUAAUAGAACCUUGCUUAACUCGUCUCUGUAUGUUGACAAGAUUCUUGUAAGGGAUAUGUAUGGAAAUAGCUGGCAGUAUUGCGAAAAAGACAUGUUGAUUGGCGAGAAAAACCCAAAGCAAGUGUUAUUAAGUACUGGAAAUUAUUGUUAAAAGUUAUACAAUAUGGAAUUUAUUAGCAUAAAAUAAGAAAUUACAAAAAACUUAACUUUAAUCAUGUAAACGCUGAAGGACUAUAACAUCUGGUGAAUAUCAGCAUAAAGAAAGAUAUGUAAUAUAUAUGUGAUAUUUCUUUUAUUAUUAUUGUUAUUGUAAAUAAACUGUACAAAUGUUAAAUUUA